UGUUUAAUUCCGAGGACUGGUUGGAAGUGUAGGACGGUCGACAAUUUUGGAUUUGUUUUCUUAUUUAUUACUUCUAGUACCGUGGAACAGUUUUGCAAAGAAAGUUGUUUAUAAUAAUAUAGGUAUUGAGCUGUAGUAUUUCACUCUUGUCAUUCAUGUGAGAAUGUCAUGUUAAAUAAUCAUGCGUGUUAGGUUACUGUAAGGUAAACGUAAAUUAGAUUUUUGGCUGCCUGUAGCAGUGCCACGUAAGAUGGAAACCGUGUUGUGAGAAAUGGUGAUGUAGCGGUCGUGCAACCAUUUACCAGUUAUAUUGAAAAAAUGGGAGGCUCUCAGAGUGUUGAAAUACCAGGGGGUGGAACAGAAGGGUACCAUGUUCUUCGUGUUCAAGAAGGAUCUCCAGGUCAGAAAGCUGGAUUGGAAGCCUUUUUCGAUUUCAUAGUCGCCAUUGGGAAUACCAGACUUGAUCAGGAUAAUGACACGCUGAAAGAACUGCUAAAGCAAGGUAUAGGCCAGAAGCUACAAAUGACAGUAUACAGUAGUAAGACACAGUCUGUCCGUGAGGUAUCUAUUGAACCAAGUACUACUUGGGGAGGCCAGGGUUUACUUGGUGUCAGUAUAAGAUUUUGCUCCUUUGAGGGAGCGAAUGAAAAUGUAUGGCAUGUGCUGGAAGUUAACCCACAGUCACCAGCAGAAAUUGCUGGAUUAAGGCCAUUCACUGACUAUAUCAUUGGAGCAGAUUCAGUACUACAUGAAACAGAAGACCUGUUUACACUUAUAGAAGCACAUGAAGGCCGUCCUCUGAAACUUUAUGUGUACAACACAGCAGAGGACUCGUGCCGAGAAGUCACCAUAACCCCAAAUUCUCAGUGGGGAGGACAAGGAAGCUUGGGUUGUGGAAUUGGAUAUGGCUAUUUGCAUCGUAUUCCAGUACGUAGUCACCUAGCCAAACCACAUCUUCCUGUCACACCUAUUGCUUCACCUGCAACUACAGCUGCAACAAGGACUACUGCGCCAGGCGGUGCAGCUAGUCCAGGUGCACAGCCGUCAAUAGCAAGUGCAGCCCCAACAUUCAGUGACACUGUGUCGCCAGAAUCUGGAAAGACUCAGGCUACAGUGUCCACAUCAGGAAUGCAGUCUUUUGUGACACCUCACCUCCAAGAGAGUGGCAGUCUUACAUCAAUGCCACCAUCUACAACAUCUGAAUACCAAAUGUCCCCACUCUCUAUUUCGCACAGCAUUGAACAGAGGUUACCUAUCACAGUUCCUUCACCAAAUUCUACUGUCUAUCAACCUUCAGUUAUCUCAGAUUCCACUUACCAACCAACAGUUGUUUCUACAGGCCUUGGCCCUAGUUAUCAAGGAACAUCUGUCCCAACAACACUCAAUACAAGCCAACAAAUGAAUAAUAUCCAAAUGCUAAACACUGGAAUGCAGGGAACAAUAGGUGCACAGGGAGUAACAUAUCCUGCAUCACAACCAUCUGGCUAUCGACCAGCUCCAUUUACAGUAUCAGACUACAAAGUGCCUCCGCAGUCAACAGCACACCUUUUCACAGUACCACCACCCACAGCUCCCAUGCCUGCUAUGCCACCUCGCAGUGGUAUUGAGACAGCAGCAACAGCAAGUGGUGUUUUACCAUCAGUUGCCAGAUCAGCGACAACUCUAGCAGCAAGUGGUGGACCGAGUAUACCUGGAAUGCCAGUUGUGACAACACCAAUAUCACUACCUGGGAUGCCACCUAUAACGGUGUCAGCUUCUAUACCACUUGCAGCAUUUGAGGGCCUUCCUCCUCCUCAGUAGAUGGCUCCUGUUAAUCUUGAAAUUGUCAUUUGGGAAUCUUGGAUGACACAGCUUCUCACCUUUGCAUUUCUGUGAUAGAAGUGAUUUUUCUUCGAGUGACGUACAUUGAAAAAAGUUAUUACAAAGGGUUGAAAAUAUUGAUAGAUACUGAAUGUCUCUUAUGCUGCCAGGGAUUGCUGGACUGUGAAUAUAAAAAAAAAAUAAACAGUGCCUCAUUAAAAAGGAAUUUCUUUUGUGGGAAUUGACAGUGUUGUAAUCUGUAAUGAAAUUAUAAAACUUAAUUUGUUGUUUAUUAAUGUUUUUAUCUUUGUAUGUAUCAUAUUAUAGUUACAAGUAUGCUUGCUUGUUCGCUUUAAGAAUUAUGGCAUUCACUGGCACAUUGUACGAAGCAAGAAGUUGAUGAAACAUAUGAUAUGGAGAUUAUAUUCUGUCAUAUGUAUCAGAAUAAAUAGCCAUCAAAAUUAA